AGAAGGAUGCGUAGCAUCACGCUGUCGUUCUAUGCCCAGUUCUUUGUGCUGGGAAUGGUAUACUACGGCCUCUCGUUCGGCGCCGACAAGCUGGGCGUGGACCCGUUCGUAUACAUGGCGGUCAGCGGAGUGAUGGAGGUCCCUGGCGGUACACUGAGCAUCCCUCUGGCGGAGAAGAUGGGCAGGAGAGCCUCGAGCACGUUGUUCUUCGUGGCCACCGCCGGCUCGCUGCUGGUGCUCGGCUUCAUCCCAACUGCUUUGGAGUGGCUGGUGGUCACAUUGGCCAUGCUGGGUCGGCUGGCCAUCACCGUAGCUUUCCAAAUCGUGUAUCUCUAUGCCAGCGAAAUCUUCCCGACGGAGGUGCGCGUCCGAGGGCUCGGAACUUGCACAAUGCUGGGCACGGUUGGUGCCAUGCUUGCCCCCUUCAUUUUGGAAAUAUUGGGCUCCAUCAAAUCAUGGGUGCCACUGUUUGUGUUCGGCGUGGCAGCCUUUGUGGCCAGCGUGACCACGUUCUGGCUGCCAGAGACCCGCACGGCUCCCAUGCUGGACACCGUGGCCAGUCUGGAGGCAACUUACAGCGGGGCCAAGGAAGCAAGAGCUGCUCCGCUGGACCGAGAGAUGGCGGACAAAUCUACAAGGAAAAGACGCCAACAAGCGAGACUUUUUUUUUAA